AUUUUUCCAUGUUUGGUUAAAUACAGUAUGCACACCCUGAGUGUUUGUUAAUAGAAACUUAGUUUAAUAUUCUUUAAUCCCAGGCCUUACUUUCUUACCUUUGUCGGCCUAUGAUUCAUUUGUGUUGGAGUCGAUCGCAUUAUAUGUGAGUGCUUGUCUUGUAUGUUCGUUUACAUACCCGUUUCUAAAUGGUGAACAAUCCACAAUAAUGUUUAGGUUAGAGUACGAUGCUUAUCGAUCAGAUCUGACGUCACUACAGCAGGGCGAACGUACCCAAAUGACCUUGGCGAAGAUGGCAGAAAUUGAGAAAGAAGUGGAGGCGAAACAAGACCGCUAUGAACGGUAUCGCGAAGAAGUUGCCGUUAAGUUGAAUUUCCUGUCAGAGAACAAGGUCAAAGUAAUGCAAAAGCAGCUGACGCUGUUUCAGCAGUCGACGUCAGCCUAUUUCGCAGGGAACAAGGCUGCCUUAGAGUCGACCAUAAAACAGUUCGCUGUUCCCCGAGACUCUAGCAACCACUCGCUUUUGUCCGGCUGA